UUGGAUAUUGGAUAUCGAACUUAUCAACCGGCUGCAUCGUCACCGCGGCAACCUAUUUGUUGCGCCAUAGAUAAUGAAGUAGAAGAAACAUUUAAAAGAUUAUUGGCACACAAAGGAGUUAUUGGUGCAAUUAUUGUAAGCUCAGAUGGGAUCGCAGUAAGAACUUCCAUGGAUAACAGUACCACAAAUCAUUACUGUGGUCUUAUUCAACAAUUGGUAGCAAAAUCUCGUUCUGCUGUUCGUGAUUUAGAUCCAUCUAAUGAUUUAACAUUUUUGCGUAUACGAAGCACUCGAAAUGAAAUUAUGGUAGCACCAGAUCGUGAUUACAGUCUCAUCGUUAUACAAGAAACAAGCACAGAAUAAAACGUUUUAUUGUUUAUAUGGUUUUAGAUCCUUGAAGAAAAUAACAAUAUUUAUGCCUAAUAACUAACGAUAACUUAACUUCAUGGUUUUUGGUGCUAUGGUUCAUUUUUUUCAACGGCUGUUAUUGUUAUUCUAUAUAACUAAUAAAUUGAUCGACUGAUAACGUCA